UUUAAACGAAUGCAUAUUCGGAUUAGAUUUUAAACAGAUCAGAUAUAUAAUUUCAUACCAAAGCUGUAUCCGUUUAGUAAUCGAAUAUGGAUAAUAUCCGUUUAAAAGAGAUAUGAAUAUUUUCUCUUUAAACGGAUAUAAAUGCGGACGGUAAUCGAAUUUUGGGUUAUCCCUUGAUAGUCCAACAAAUUAUAUAUAUUGAAAUUAAAAUAUCUUUUAAAUAAGGGCAAGUACGGGAGGGGUUAAAUCAUCAUGGCCAUCUCCAAGAAACAGAGUUCCCAACACCCUUCUUUACAUCUUCGAUUUCUGGGUUUCCUGACGGCGUGCGCCUCAAUGGUUCUUGAUUUCCCGGCGGGGAGAGCGGAGAUGUCGGCGCGUUCACUCGACGCGCUUCUUCAAGAGCGAGCAUUCCGGGCGCUUGCUUGGCAGAGGACUGGCGUGCCCUGCGACGGCGAUGUGCCUCCCGGCCUGGCCGGGAUCGGAGUUUCGGCGGUGAGAUUGAGGAGCGGGAGCGUGAGGAGGAAAGGGUUCAGAGGCUUCAACGAAUUCAGCAUUCCGGCCGGAGUGGCGGCGCAGCCGUACGCGGAGAGGCUGGUUCUCGUCUACCAUAAUUUAGGCAACUGGUCCGGCUUCUAUUACCCACUUCCGGAAAGUUUCGUUUAUUUGACCCCUGUAUUAGGCCUCCUGGCUUACGACGCUUCCGAUUUGUCGGCUUCAGAGCCGCCGGAGCUCGAUUUAUGGGCAUCGGAGGCGCCUUUCCUGAUUAAGUUCUCACGGAUAAAACCGGCUCCGGCGCCGGCGCAGGCCAAGUGUGCGUUCUUCGAUUGGGACGGGUCAUUGGAAUUCGACAUUAUUGUCGACGGGAACAUAUGCAGGGGUACAAAGGAAGGGCAUUUUGCCAUCGUCGUCGAAUUGCCUGCUUCGGGACAAGCCGGAAAACUCCCGGCGGCCGACAUCGACGGCAGCAAAAGCAGUGGGGAUAAUAAUGGAUUCAAAAAGAUAUUAUUUUGGGUAAUUUUUGGUACGGCAAUUGGUGGAGUUGUAAUUUUGGGUUUCUUGAUAUUAGUAUUAGCUUGUAUGAAGAAAAGAAGUGAGGAGAAGAAGACGCCGGAGGAGGCUUCCGAACGAGACGUGGCGUUGCAGAUGAACGCAGCCGGGCACACAGCGGCGCCGGUGGUUUCCCGGUCUCGGAAAAGUCCGAUGUGGGAGGAUGAAUAUGUUGCAUAAGUCUUAUAAUAGGUCCAUUAGAACAUGAAAUAAGAUGGCAAUGUUGUCACAAUUGUGCACACUUUUUACUGUGACAUAUUUCUUGUAUUAACAUGUUCCAAUUGCACUAACCAAUGUCCGCCCAUCAAAGUCUUAGGCCAUUUCAGAUAGGGAAAUGCUUAGUUCACAAACACAAUGGUCACAAACAUCACAAACUUACUAUUUAUGAACUUUAAUGAAAAAAAUUAAAUGGUCUAAAAUGGU